GUACCAUAACGGGGGGAGGGACGAAGCAAACGUGUUCUUUAGGGAAUUGCAACAGUCUCUAGCCUCCCAAUGCGUGGGAGGAGCGGAGUUUGUAAAAGGUUUGCGGGCUUUAAAACACGUCGGUCCAUUCUUUCCCCGCAUAUGGGAGACUUUGAAACCUGCAACUGACAACCGGAAAUCCACUUCGGAAGCGAAUUUCAGGCUCGAGCCCCUCAAUCCGGAUGGGGGAGGCGCUCUGGUCGCCUCGGCUUGUUCCUCGUUCUUUCGUGCCGGCCGGGUGACAUGGGGAGUUCGCCGCGCUGACGCGGAAGCUGAGGCGAGCCGGGAUCCGCUGCUCCCCGGAGACUUUGUUCGUGCGCUCUUCCGCCUGCUUUGUGGGUCCUUUGGCCAGGAUAUAUAUAAUGCUCUCUUUGGAUGUAAAUUCCUAAGGAAUGCAUUUUUCACAGAUCAGUACACUUCUACUGAGGCAGAAUUCGCUUUCAAAACAGUACUUAAAUGGCAGCACAGAAAAGGAAAUCUGUGCUGGUAGAAUCCUCUGCUAAGCGGCGGAAAUUGGAUAAAAGUAAUAAAUCAGUUUCUACUAGCAAAGAAAGAAAACUUCAGGAUGGUAAAUGCAUAUCAAAUAAGAAAGCAGUGCUGAAGAAAGAAGUGCCCCAACUCUCUGCCACAACUAACAGGUCAGCUGCCAAUAAGUUUAUAAAUAGAGCUUCUCUAUCAUCUUCCCAAAAUAAACAAGCGCAAAGGAACUCCAAACAGACUGAGUUAAAUGAGUUAAAGAAGAAAGCAUGUAAAAUGAUGUGCAUUAAACGGACAUCCUUAACAUCUUUAGGUAAAUUAUGUCCUGCACAGAGAUCACUAAAAUCUUCCAAAAUAAAGCAUGCCAAUUCUCUGAAUCUUUCAAAAUCUUCUUCCAAAAUCUGUUCUAGGGGGAAGAGAAAAUGCAACAUUGGCAAAAAUAAGACUUCCUAUGAAAACAAGAAACCAAAUAAAUCAUCUGUAGAUUGUAAAAUACGUCCUAUUGAAGCUCGGUGUCAAAGGCAUGCAGCCCGGUGUGGUAAAACGAGUCAUAAGAACCUGCAUUCAAAAUCGCGACCAAUCAAAGAAAAUACCAAAAAAAUUACAAAAUCUGAAAAAUAUAUUAGUAAUAACUUAGAGGUUCAGAAUUCUAAAACCCCUUCUAUAAAAAAGUCAGCUUCUCAGAACAGUGAAGCAAGGUGGACUAAAACUUCAACAGCUGGUAAAGCUGUUAGAAUUAGGCAAGAACAGUUACCUGUCAAACAAACUAAGGAAGUAUCUCAGAAGGACACAGUGCAGGGCCUUCCAAAGUCACAACGUACUGUUUCACAUGGGCAUCAAACUAGAAGAUCACCAAGAUUGCAGCAGUCGUCUGAUGUUUCUACAAUAUCUUUGAGAAGCAGAAAAGUAAAAGAAACACAUGCUUCUGUUAUGAAGCAAUGUAACCCAAGGAAAAAGAUGGUACCACAACUUAAACAUGAAAAAUUGAAACACGUCCACCAGAAACCAGGAAAGUCUGUGGAAGACAAUGAUUAUCAAAUUGAAAGAAGAAAAAUAUCAGAUAAUAAGAAAAUGGGUUGCUUCUCCCCCCAAAAACAUGAGGUGGAUUCUGAAAUCAGUGAUUCAACUACAUCUCAAGAUAAGCCAAGAAAACUGAGAAAUAAUUUUGAAAGUAAUCAAAAAUCUGAAAAGGAAGUUGCCAACACAAUUUCCUGUCCUAUAAAUUCAGUUUGCAGUAUAGUAAACAAAGGAAAGUCAAAGCACAAAAAUGGAAAAAUCAAUGUAAAAGCAGAUAGAGCUGUGCCAGUAGAACCUGUUUGCCAACAAGAGGAUGUAGUAAAAUCCAAAAAGAUUAGCAUUCUUGAACUGUGUGAAGAAAUUGCAGGUGAGAUUGAAUCGGACACAGUUGAGGUAAAAAGAAUUUCUCCCAACUCUGACCAUGGAAGAGAGGAGGGAAAAAAUCCAGUACUAGAAUUGCCACAGGAAGUAGUAUUAAAUGAUGAGAAAACUAACCAGAACUCUCAAUGUAAGCGAUUUUUUCCCAGCAGAAAAGGGAUGUCUGUUAAAUGUACUGUAAAUGGCAGACAUAGCACAGUGAAUAAAAAUUCUAAAUGGACCAAAAUAAAAUUAACUAAGGUCAAUCAUGUGAGCCAUAGUAUCUCAAGCAUUCCAAAGCUUGAUGUUUUAAAGCUUGAUGUUUUAAAAUGUAAUGAUCCUCAGGAACAACAAGCCAGAACUGUAGAAAUACACCUUCCAGAAGUUCAAGGGAAAUUAUCCCAAAACAAUGAUAGCACAAUAUGUGAACAGAAGUUAAAUACAGCUGAUUUUGAAGGAAUCCAGAUUAAAGACAGAAUACUGCAUGCCAAACAGUCCACUGUACAGGUUAUACAGAAUGGUUUGUCUGAGGCAAAGCAUUGUCCUGGGCCAACACCAGUCAAGAGUUUCAAUUUAGAGUUCGAUAUACAUCCAGAAAAUACUUCAAUGAAAAUAAUUACAGAACAAGCAUCAGUGAAGCAAGUAAAAAGAGAGACAACAGAAAUCAAACCUCAAGAUCCAGUUGAUAAACAGUUGGUUCAGGCUCCUGCUAAUAAAACCUCUGAGAUAAAUGAGAGCAGGGCAUCUGUGCCAAAGGUUCCAUUAACAACAAAAUGUGAUGGUUUUCUUACAUCUGAAGAACAUAUUCAAAAAUUAAAAGAAGCUGCAAAAGAUGGCGAUAAGCAGCUAAUCAUAGAUGCAGGACAAAAACGGUUUGGUGCUAUUUCCUGUAAUAUUUGUGGAAUGCUUUAUACAGCUUCAAAUCCUGAGGAUGAAACCCAACAUCUGCUCUUUCAUAACCAGUUUAUAAGUGCAGUAAAAUACGUGGGGUGGAAAAAAGAGAGAAUUUUGUCUGAGUAUCCUGAUGGUAAGAUUAUAAUGGUCCUUCCUGAUGAUCCCAAGUAUGCACUGAGAAAGGUUGAUGAGAUCAGAGAGAUGGUUGAUAAUGAUCUGGGAUUCCAACAAGCUCCUCUAACAUGCUCCAGAACUAAGACUCUAUUAUUUAUUUCUAACGAUAAAAAAGUAAUUGGCUGCUUAAUUGCAGAACAUAUUCAAUGGGGGUAUAGAGUUAUUGAAGAAAAGAUUCCAGAUAUUAGUUCAGAAAAUGAUAAGCUCACUUUUGAAAGGCAAAAGGCCUGGUGCUGCUCAACAACUCCUGAGCCUGCCAUAUGUGGCAUUAGUCGCAUUUGGGUGUUCAGCAUGAUGCGACGGAAGAAAAUUGCUUCUCGGAUUUUAGAAUGCUUGAGAAACAAUUUUAUAUAUGGCUCAUAUUUAAGUAAAGAAGAAAUUGCUUUUUCUGACCCAACUCCGGAUGGAAAAUUGUUUGCAACACAGUAUUUUGGUACUAGUCAAUUUUUGGUAUAUAAUUUUCUCAAUGGACAACAGCCUCAAAGUGGUAAUCUUUAUAAUAAAAGGUAAUGAGAAAUCAUUAACUUUGUUUGCUGAUGUUUGGACUUUUAUUAGCAGUGAACUCAGGAGUAGUAACAACCGAAAAGAUGGUUGUAUUUUAUUAAAAUUGUAAAUAGUACAGAAGUAGGAUAAUUUUGAAAGAUAUUUUUAUAAAAAAUAUGUAUUAUCUCUAGUACACUAGCCAUGUUUACAUGCAGUAAAUAAUUUGUUCAUAGUGGACUGUUAAUUAGUGCAAGAACUAUGGUCGCCUUUUAAGUAUAUUUUGAAGUUCACAAUGUAAUAAUAUACCAAGGCAAUGAGAAAGUCAAUCUGUAUUUGCUAGAGGUGUGAAAAUAUUCUGCAUUCAAGAUCAAUAAAAAAUAGCAUCUAAUCAAAGUGUAUAAUUGGCUCACUAUAUAUGUUGAAUGGAAAUAGUAGUUUAAAAAGAAAGAUACUAGCUCCUUUUGAAAAGUAUGCCUCCAACUAUACUUUAGCAAUAGCAAAUUGGGUAUAUACUUUAAUUUGUGGACUUCACAAUACUUUAGCCUAAAACCCCUCUUAUUUCAGAGGGUGUAUAUAAUGAAAAACUGCUGUGGCCUUUCUUGACAUGUAUAUAAUGUAGAUUUAAAGAGAAAACAUUUGAUAACUUUUAAUCUACUAAUGGUAAAUGUAUUUAAGCAAUGUCUUUGAUAUUAUUGACUAUUAAAAGUUGAUUGAAACACU